UAUUAUGAUGAGAAUAACGAAGGGUAUUAUGAUGGGAAUAAUGAAGGGUAUUAUGAUGGGAAUAAUGAAGGGUAUUACAAUGGGAAUAAUGAAGGGAAUAACGAAGAGUAUAAUUAUUAUGACAUAGAGUUAGAAUAUAUAGAUACUGACUUGAAGUUGGCAGAAGGAAAUACCAGUUUGGAAAUAGAGCAUACAGAAGUGGAAUCUAAUAGUUAUCUAGCUAGAACAGAUAGUUCGAACCUUAGUGAGGUUUUACAGUUAUCUACAAUUCAGCGUAAAAAAAGAGCUGAAAAAUCAGGAGGUAGUCCUGUUAAACCUUUUUAUGAG